UCUCACACACACAAAAUCAAGCACAUCCUUCUUAAAGACAAAUAUGGCAAAGAAGAAGCUUGUUCUGAAGCAAGAAGAAGAGCAUGAUUCCGUAACAACACAAGUCCGUCGUGCCGACUUUCCUCCUCACUUCGUCUUCGGUGUCUCGACCUCUUCCUAUCAGAUUGAAGGAGGUGUCGACGAGGGUGGCAGAGGGAAAAGCAUAUGGGAUGUUUUCUCCCACACAGAAGGAAAAAUUGUUGAUGGAAGCAAUGCUGAUGUCUCUGUGGAUCAUUAUCACCGGUACAAGGAAGAUAUCGACCUUAUAGCUGAGUUGGGGUUCAAAGCUUACAGGUUUUCCAUAUCAUGGCCCCGGAUUUUCCCAGAUGGUUUGGGAACCAAAGUUAACGAGGAAGGAAUUGCUUUCUACAACAACGUGAUUGAUUCCCUUCUUGAAAAAGGUAUUGAGCCCUUUGUGACUUUGUAUCAUUGGGAUCUUCCAUUGCAUCUUCACGACUCGAUCGGAGGGUGGUUAAACAAGCAAAUUGUGGACUACUUUGCCAUAUUUGCAGACGCUUGCUUUGCACAUUUUGGCGAUAGAGUGAAGAACUGGACCACGAUUAAUGAGCCGCUGCAUAUUGCCGUGGGAGGGUAUGAUACCGGAAGAUCUGCCCCGGGGAGAAGCCACAAUCCAUCGGUCGAAACAUAUUUGGCUGCUCACCAUAUGAUAUUGGCACACUCUGCUGCUGUUUCCAUAUACCAAAACAAGUACAAGGAGAAGCAAGGUGGGCAGAUAGGAUUAGUGGUCGAUUGCGAAUGGGCCGAGGCUAACUCGGAUAAAAUCGAAGAUCAAUGUGCUGCACAAAGGCGUGUUGAAUUUCAGCUCGGAUGGUUCUUGCAUCCAUUGUACUUCGGAGACUACCCUAAAACCAUGCGCGAACGACUCGGGGAUCGGCUCCCCGAGUUCACCGACGAAGACAAGGAGCUAAUACUCAAUGGCCCCAUGGACUUCGUCGGUCUAAACCAGUACACAUCGAGGCUAGUUUUUCAUGCAGAAGACAGCGGGGAAGAAGGUCAUUUCGAGAAGUCACAACAGGUCGCAAAAAUGGUGGAAUGGGAAGACGGCGAGAUGAUCGGCGAAAAGGCUGCAUCGGAUUGGCUCUAUAUUGUUCCUUGGGGCAUGCGGAAGGUUCUCAAAUACAUAUCCGAUACAUACAAUAACCCACCCAUAUAUAUAAUGGAGAAUGGUAUGGAUGAUGAAGAAAAUGAAAAUGUCCCACUCCAGGAAGUGCUUGAUGACAAAAGGAGGGUCGCCUUUUACAAAGGAUACAUUGCUGAAGUUGCUCAAGCAAUCAAGGAUGGAGUGGAUGUGAGGGGAUAUUGUGCAUGGUCAUUAUUGGACAACUUUGAGUGGUCUCAUGGCUACACCAAGCGGUUCGGUCUGGUCUACGUGGACUUCAAAAAGGGUCUAACCCGACACCCCAAGUCUUCUGCAAUUUGGUUCAAAGACUUCUUGAAGGACAGCCAAGAAUGAGAGAGCAUUUAGCUGCCACAAACCACCGAUUUCUAUUAGUGCUAUUACAUUACAUGUUGUGUCUUUGAUUGUCUGAUUUGAACAUAUGUGGUUGACAAUUGUUUUAUGAUUUGAAUAAAUGUGGUUGGCAA